AUGGCGCCCGUACCGAGCUCAAUCCUCCGAGCUCUCUCCAUCACCGACCCGGCCAAAGCUAGCCUCUCCACCUCCGGCCUCGGCUCCGGCUUCACCAGCACCGGCGCCCUCCGCGCCCUGGUCCCUAACGCCAACGGCGACGAAGAAGAGCGCCGCUACUUCGUGAAGACCUCAGCCGACGGGGCCUCCGCGGCGGAGAUGUUCCGGGGUGAAUACGAGUCGCUGAACGCCAUCGCCAACAGCGUGCCGGACUUCUGCCCCCGGGCUCUAGCAUGGGGGGCAUUAGACGAGGACGAAGACGACCCGUCCAGCACGAACAAGAAAAGCUACUUCCUUCUCACCGAGUUCCUGGAUCUAGGCGUUGGCGGCGGCCACCGCGCAGGGAUCGCCUCGCCCUCCCUCUCCCUCGCGCACCGGCUGGCCAAGCUUCACACGACCCCUGCGCCAGCGGACCCAGACACCCAGCGGCGGCGGUUCGGGUUCCCCGUGCCGACGUUCUGCGGCGAUACGAAGCAGCCGAACCGGUUCUGCGACGACUGGGCGGAGUUCUACGCCAACGAGCGGCUGCUUACGAUCCUGGAGACCUCGGAGAAGCGCAAUGGGCGCGAUGGCGGGCUGAGGGAGCUGGUGGAGCGGACGGCGGGCACGGUCGUGCCGCGGCUGCUGGGGAAAGAGCAUUUGGGGUACGAUAAGAGUGGGAACGGUGAGGGGAUCGUGCCGGUCGUCGUGCAUGGGGAUCUGUGGAGUGGCAAUGCGGAUCGCGGUAGGAUUGUCCGCGGUGCCGCUGACGAGCAGGUCGUCGGCGAUGUCGUCUACGAUCCCUCGGCGUGCUAUGCGCACAGUGAGUUCGAGCUGGGCAUUAUGCGCAUGUUCGGCGGGUUUGGGAGCCGCUUCUUCGAGGAGUAUCACCGUCUCGUGCCGAAAACGGAGCCGGUCGAGGAGUAUGAGGAUCGCGUGCGGUUGUAUGAGUUAUACCAUCAUUUGAAUCAUCAUGCGAUCUUCGGGGCGGGAUAUCGGUCUGGAGCGGUGGCGAUAAUGGAGAGGUUGUUGAAGAAGUAUGGCUGA